GUGCCAACCCAACAAUUACACAGCGCCGAGUUUAGGUACCAAGAGCUGUUAGCUGGGUAUUUCUUGGGAGGGGUGGCCUUUGAAAUGUGUGUGGACACCAUCAUUCCAAAACCCCCACGAUCGAGCAACUUCGUCUUGGGUACAAAGGGCUGUCUACCGUCUACCUGUAUCUACCUAGGUAGGAACCUAGAACCUAGGCACCUGUCUAUAAGCCUGGUGCUUAAUCCGACCAAAAUCACGUCCCGAUGCGCGCAAAAAGGAGCUCCGACUUUCGGGAGUAUCCCUUCCUCCACGCCGACGAGUUUGCCGAGACCUGCCAUCAGCUCGACAGGAGGUAUCGACGUGCCGCUCUGGGCCCGCUCCGCAAGCAGUGGAAGCUCAACGUCAUCUCUGCCCUCGACGCCUGCUUUGCCCUGGGUCCCGAGUACAGCACAUAUGUCCAGAUAGUCCGCCCCAUCACCGCUGCCGAGCUCGCCCUCGACGACGCUGGCCUCUCUGCCCAACUCGGCGGCUUCUCACUCGGCGCUGUCGAUGAAGAUACUGCCGCCCACGUUGGCGCCGACCAGCACAUGAUGGACCUCGAAGACGCGGAUUCGUCGGCCCUGCCCAGCCGACCCACUCCCGAAGAGCUGCCCAGCGUCACCUAUGAGGUUCACCUGCACCCUACCUACCGAGUGCCGUGCCUAUGGUUCUCUCUGCGCGGACUGCCAGCCGACGAGCCAGCGCUGGACCUGGAUACGGUCUUCCGGCGCCUGGUUCCCGACCAGUUCAAAGAACGGCUCCGGACGCAAGGGCCGAUUGGGGCCAUCUCAGCAGAUCACCAUCCCAUAACAGGUCUGCCAACCUUCUUCAUCCACCCAUGCCUCCUUGGAGAUGCAAUGUCGGACUUCGACUGCUCCAGAGAAGACUAUCUGAUGGUUUGGUUGGGGCUGGUGGGUGGCUGCGUUGGCCUCUGGGUGCCAACCGAGAUGGCAUUGGCGUAGCAGACUUGGGUGGUGGCCGUCUAACAAGGCUCCAAGAAGGCGUGCCAUACGGAGGGCUGAGACGGUUGUGUCUCCUCUCCCUCCCCGAGUCGCGUUUGGAGGCCGGAUCGCCACACCGGAUUUCGCGCGAGUAGGCCCGGU